CUCUCGCCCUCGCCCUCGCCCUCGUUCGCUCGCUUUGUGAAACCCUAACCCUAACCCUCCCAUCUCUCGCCAUGAAAGAACCUGCUCCUCCUCGCUCCAAGAAGCCGCCGUCCCCUCAGAAGCUAAGGCUUCGCUGUAGCUUCGGCGGAGCCUUCGUCCCUCGUCACCCCUCCGGCGAGCUCCGCUACGUCGGCGGAGAGUCCCGGAUCAUCUCCGUCGACCGCCGCGGCAUCGGCCUAUCUAAGCUCGUUUCCAGGCUCUCCGAGCUCUGUCCCGACUGCUCCUUCUCACUCAAGUACCACCUCCCGGAAUCUCCCUCGUCUCAGCCGGAGCUGAUCUCGAUCAGUAACGACGAAGACGUGCGGAUCAUGGUUCGCAACCACGAUCGGCUCGCCGCCCACGGGAAGGCAUAUCGCCUCCGUGUGUUCCUCUGCGACGUGACGCCCUCCCUUGCCGGGUACGUUUGGCCGAGAAACCCUACCUCUGGUACUCGUACUGGUUCUUGUUCUCAACUAGGAGUUCCCGUCGGGGAGAGAAAGACUUUUGAUGGAGGGGAUGCCUUAGGAGAUCUGACUGCAAGGACUUUCGGAAAAACAUGCGGGGAUUCCUGUGAAUCUCUGGGUAGCAAGGUGUUUCGGACUCAAAUUACGACCACCCACGAGAAUGGGAUCCAAUAUUUUGGUGUUUCGACGGCCCGUUCUCCGGGGUUCGGGAAUCCUGAAAGUCUUAAUCGGGUUUCCCUAAAUGGAUUCAAGGAAGAUUCUGUCUGCGGGGUUGGAUUCGACCAAUCAGGUGGAGCUGCCUCCAGUCUUGGCCAAGUCGACAGUCAUGAUGUCCAAUCUUCCGGUCCUUAUACCUCUGCACCAUACACGAGAAAAACUGAGAAUUAUACUGCUAGGAACACGAACAGAGAGAAUGUUUUCCCAUGGAAGGCUGAUCAUGCUACUGUCAAGACUUGCUUUGCACCUGUUUCCUUGGGCAAUCAAUCAUAUAGGGGGGUGUUUCAGUCCCAACUUUACAGCGGAAGUGAUGGACAUUCUGACUUAUCUCAUUGCAUGACUAAAAAUCAUCAGUGUGGUGGUCAGCACAAUAGAUUCCAUGGCACUGGUCCAUGUAAUAUGUGUGGUUGUUGGAUCGGAUUGAAUGAUGUUGCAGCCCAGCAAUUCUGUGAUGGGAAGUUUUGCUUGCCAAGAUUGAGUUUUUCAAAGUUUGUGGUGCCAAGAGCUCAUCAAACCCAACUGACAAAGCCAAUAAACUUUGGGAGCAAUAGAGGUGUAUUGAGAGAACAAAGAUUGCGGCCAAUGCCAGGACAGGGUGAUCUUCCAGAUGUGGGAUUCGAACCGCAGAAACUUCAAGGGAGGUCAGUAAACUAUAACUGUUUAGACCAGCCAGAUGAUGUUGGCAUUAGCCCCUCUCUCCAUUCAGACACCAUGAGCAUUAGGGAUAAUCUUUUAAGCAAAUCUAGGAUAGCAAAGCCAAAUACUCAUUCUCAUGCACCUUAUCGAAACAAUCCUUUCAGUGAUGCGAACCAUUGCCCAGUUCAGUGUGAUGAGAGCGCAUACUGUGACGUUGUCCAUGCAAACAGCUCUUACGAUUUGGAUAACAACUCAGGCUUUUUGGAACCAGACAAGAGAAAUAAUGCUAAUGCAGCACUUUCAAUUUUGUCCUUUUCAUAUGGCCUGCUAAGAAAGGAUGUAGAAGAAGUUGAUGUGAAGUUGAGAAAAAUCAACAUGAUGCCACAGUCUGAUAUUGUUGCUAAAUUGGAUGACAUCUUUGAACCUGUAGAGUCAUCAAUCUAUGAUACUUCUGUCAUCAAUCUUUCUGACAUUAAAGCCCCAUUGGAUCUUCCCAUGCAUGCUUUAUCAUUAUCUUCUGCUACCGAAGCUCAUCCGUCAGCACCGGCUUCAUCUGAUAAUAGCAACAAUCUGCUAGAAUCUGAUGACUUUGCUCCCAGUGUUAUUGCAUCACCGCCAAAGGAUGAAACAGGGCUCCAACUAAAUAACGUGCAUCUGAUAGAGGAGAAUCCUUUCAUCUCGGGGCGACUUGUUGGAAAUAUAGCUGGAGAAACAAGUAAAGAGAAUGCAUUUGGGCCAAGAUUACUUUGGGAGUCGUCACAGCCAUUGAGCUCAUUGGUGGCACUGGUAUCUCAUGGCACAGAGAAAGAACUUGCCUAUAUUAAGCAGGACCACGAGACCAUGCUGUCCCCUACUUAUGUGGAAGAGAAGUCUGAUGUGUCCGGAUCCACAAGCAUAUGCUCCAAGGAAGCAAACGAAACUAUCAGUAAAGUUUCAGCAGUUUAUCCUCAUUUGGCUAUGCAAGAGCUGCAGAUGAUAAAAAAUUCUGAUCUGGAAGAAAUACGAGAGCUGGGAGUGGGUACAUAUGGAACUGUUUUCUAUGGUAAAUGGAAGGGUUCUGAUGUUGCAAUCAAGCGUCUAAAGCGAAGCUGCUUUGCCGGUGGUGAAUUGGGAGAAGAGCGCAUGGUCACAGACUUCUGCAAAGAGGCUUGUUUGCUGGGUCAACUUCACCACCCAAAUGUGGUUGCAUUUUAUGGUGUGGUUACAGAUGGCCCGGUGACAAAUUUGGCUACAGUCACAGAAUACAUGGUGAAUGGCUCCCUAAAACAAGUUCUGAAAAGAAAAGAUAGAACUGUUGAUCGUCGGAAGAGGCUUAUUAUAGCGAUGGAUGCUGCAUUUGGCAUGGAGUACAUUCAUGAGAAAAAUAUUGUUCAUUUUGAUUUGAAGUCUCAUAACUUAUUGGUAAAUAUGAGGGAUCCCCAGAGACCAGUUUGCAAGAUAGGAGACUUAGGCUUGUCAAAGGUGAAACGGCAAAAGUUAGUUUCUGGUGGGGUUCGAGGAAGUAUUCCUUGGAUGGCCCCUGAGCUUUUGACUUGUGAAGACAGCAUGGUGACAGAGAAGGUGGAUGUAUAUUCAUUUGGGAUCGUCAUGUGGGAACUUUUAACUGGGGAAGAACCAUAUGAGAACAUGCAUUUUGAGGAUAUAAUAGCUGGUAUAAUUAAGGGUGACCUGCGGCCUGAGAUACCGACCUGGUGCGACCCUUUAUGGAGGUCAUUGAUGGAGAGAUGCUGGUCAACUGAUCCUGCUUCGAGGCCAUCCUUCUCCGAGAUUGCUAAGGAACUGCGUGCCAUAGCAGCAUCAAUCAAUAUCAAGUAACAGGCAGUUGCCGGAUUCAGGCAUAUGUGAAAUGAGAAGAAGUAUGUACAGUUCGAGUGGUGCGGGGUAGGAUCCCUCAUUGUAAGCACCCUUCGAAAUGCCGGGACGUAGCUGUGUCUGCCAUCCUGUGCUAGAAGUUGAAGUGGUUGGCUUCUGUACAAAACAAACAGGCAGAUUUUUUAUCUCAAUAUUUGGGAGAUAGUGAUAUGGGUUAAUGCGA